AUGGGUAAUGAUGGUGGAAGCAUCCCUACUCGCCGAGAGCUGGUGAAAGAAGCUGCGCGGAACCCAAAUACCACCCAGCUGAAGGAGACACUCCGUGAACACCUCGAACACUUCUGGACUACGUGCCCUAUAUCCCAUAAGAAGCUUCUCUCGCCUGUGGUGUCAGACGCUGUCGGAAAUCUCUACAACAAAGACGCCAUCUUACAAUAUCUUCUUCCUGGUGACGAUAGUGAAGCCAUAAGCGCAAAGGCCGACUGUGACGAAGUGCUGCAAGGAAGAGUCAAAUCGCUACGUGACGUUGUUGAGCUCAAAUUUGACGUUGAUGGGAACCCCGAUGUACCGAAUGGAGGACGGAAAGGUCGCUGGAUCUGCCCUGUCACUCAAAAAGAACUUGGCCCAAGUGUGAAGUCAGUGUAUCUUGUCCCUUGUGGACAUGUCUUCUCUGAGGGAGCCAUUCGUGAAAUGAAGUCGGAUAAGUGCUUACAAUGUAAUGAGCCGUACGAACCUUCGAAUGUUAUUCCAAUUCUUCCAACUCAGGAAUCAGAGAAAGAGCGGCUAAAAUCGCGGGUAGAGGAGUUAUCCCGGCAAGGCCUUGCCCAUUCAUUAAAGAAGCUUUCUGGCUCGAACAAAAAGCGAAAAAAGAACCGCACCGAUAUGAACGGUGAUGUCGACAAUGAUUCCAAAUCCGAGUCUGCGACGAAUGGAAAGGUUAAAAACGACAGCAAUACACCUACUCCAUCCUCCACUCCCGCGCCAGUGGGUAUCAAGAACGCUGGAACAGCUAUAUUGACUGCCAAAGUGCUAGAGGAACAAAACGAACGUCGCAAACGUGCAAAAACGGAACGAAGUGAUGCUGUCCAGUCCCUAUUCACUUCCAAAAGCAAGAAGGAGAAUGUCCACGUGCAGAUGUGGAAUACAAGCCACAAAUCACCCAGAAACAUUUUCGAGACUUUCCAAAUCUCGUCACACCAAGAGGAGCAUCAAGAAGGCAACUUCUACAUCGCUACACAGGCCAUUCAUGGCAAUAUUUUCGUUCGACGCAGAAAAAUUGCCCGGCUUCAGGCUGUCCCAAUCUUCGGUAAAUUCAGAGAGAAACCCGGCCUCGGCUGCCGGUUAAGCACCAGGCCCAGGAUGAACUUAAUCGGCGAAUCGCAUGACCAUUUCCUUGAGAUACCUUUGGGAGAGCUCUCUGAAAAAUUGUGA